CUGCCUCUCUCGAGAAGCAUAACUGUUCCCACUGUUCCUGUACAGCAUUCUUGAGAUGCUGUCACAUUUAGAAGCUGCAUUUAUUGUAUUGUAUAUUGUAUCCUCCUCUUGUCAUGUUAAGAAACCACCGCUACCAUUAUAGCAACGUGUAUUCGUUGUAUAUUGCAUACACGCAUAUAAAAAGGCAAUUUCUUUCCCAAGCCACUGCUCACAGGUCGAGUACGAGGCCGACGUCGUGAACCGCCCAGCGGGUCCACCGCUCAGGUCGGGCCGGGUUAGCGUUGCCACGGCACCGAUGUGCGAUGAACUUACGGCCGUCCGAUGUGCGUUUGGCUAUUUGCCGCGUGCUGUUUGGGCACGAUGUCCGACGUUCCGGUCCACGUGCCGGGGAGCUUCUUCCGGAAGCGACCGCUGCCGGCAACGCAGAGUGAAACGUCGGACAUCACUCCGAACAACUCGCGGAACAACGCGCUGCACAGCGCGGCCGUGCGACGGGUCCCUUGGCCCACGCUGCGGAAGCGCUUCACGCAAACUCCGGACUCCCCCUUGUGGCUCUGCAUUUGAUGCCGUGAGCAGCCGUGGGAGCCUCUCUGGCCGCUCGACGGAUUCCCGCGCUGCACCUCGGCGCUCCCUGCCCACGAUUAUUACCCCACUGGUGCAAGAAUCGGCAUCAACAAACCCCCGACAGCGGACCGCAUCGAGAGCACGACGAUACGCGGGUCGCCCGCUCCCCGCGGCGCUCGGAGUUUCGCACGUCCGUGCAACUCAACGGCGCGAAGGGAAGCGGCCUCGCUGGCAGAGUUUGGCCGCCGUGUGACGCGGUGCCAAGACGCGAAUUCCGCUUCAUUGUGCACUUUCUGGGAAUAGCUGUGUCCGUGGCGAUAAAUGCCCUCUCGUGUGCGUGCGUGCGUGCGUGCGCCUGCUGCUGCCACGUUUCUCUGCUCCGCGCUUCCCUCCCCAGGCCCGAGCCUGUGCGAGCUGCGGCGGCGGCAAGCCCUGCUGCGCAACGCCGGGUUGGGAUCGGUGCCCGAGUGCGAUUCCCGCGGGGAUUACGCGGCGCGGCAGUGCGCCGACGGGACGUGUUGGUGCGCCGGCGCCGGCGGAGAGGAGAUCCCCGACACGCGGCGGCACGCCGGGGAGCCGGGCGUCGUCUGCCACGAGCCGCGGUGCGAGCUGCCCCAAGAUGAGAGGCGUGCGGGACGGUGGGCCUUGGUGUGCGAGGAUGGAACCGCCGCCACCGCCGCCACCGCCGCCGGGCUGCAGCGGUGCUUGCUAGCGUGCCUGCGUGGGUUUGCGCACACGCUGGACGGCGCCGGCCAUGAUGGUGGUGCGCCGCGAGAGUUCCAGUGUAACGCCACCAGCGGGGAGUGGAUCGGGUCAUCGCCACAGCCGGACGCUUGCCAGGAAAUUCACCCAUGGCAGGCGGUGCAGCUGAGCAUCUCCUUCACGCUGCGCUUCCCAGAGGAGAAGAUGUGCAACCCAGAAUACGAGGGCCUCCUGGAAUCCUUCAACUCCUUCCUGCUCGCAGACCUCACUGCCCGGGGCUUCUGCCACCUCUCCAAUGGCGCGCAGUCGGCCCCAGGCGGAGGCUCCGACGCGGUGGCGGUGUGCGACGCCGCCUCCGUGCGGGUGCGGUGCCAGGACGCGCUGCGCCUCUUGGUGAACGUCACGUGGAGGAGCUCGCUCUCGAGACUGCCGGUCCAGAGCUACCCCGACCUGCACAACAUCGAGCGUGCGUUUGUGGCGCACGCGCAGCGCUUCGCGCAGCUGCUGGACGAUCGCGGCUACCGCCUGGCGCUCAACGGCCGCGACUACUCCUCCGAGGGAGCUGCCCGCUUCCGCAAGGACGAGCUCUACGACACGUCGCCCGCGUUCCGCGUGGCUUGCGAGCCGGGCUAUGUGCGCAUCGCGCAAGGAUGCGCCGCGUGUCCCCGGGGCUCGCUGUGGAGAGACGGGGGCUGCGCGCUGUGCCCCGCCGAUCAUUACCAGGACGAGGCGGGGCAGACGGCCUGCACGCCGUGCCCCGCCGACACCGGCACCUUGACCGCCGGCGCCGCCGCCGCCUUCCAGUGCCGGACGCCGUGCGAGCGGGAGGCUCUGAGACGGGGGCAGCUGGGGGCUGGCGAGCGACUGGAGCUCUACUGCGACCCAGAGGGCCUCUACGAGGGAGAGAAGCCGGCCAAGGGAGGCCAGGAUGAAGUCCGCAGGAUGUUUGAGGAGGUCCCAUCGGAGGACCUGGUUCUCGGGGCCGUGGACGCAGUGGCGCUGAGAAUUCGAACGGAGACAGGGCCUGUGCAGGAGGUGGAGCCGCGCUGUCUGCAAGAGUGCCUGAAGGAAGAGCGCUGCGACUUCUUUGUCUUCUCCACCCAGGGUGACGUCAGCUCCUGCCACUUCUACAACGGCUCGCGGGAAAGCUAUCAGUGCGAGAAAGCGCCGGAGGCGCCUGGGUUCCUCGGGGACCCCGACUCGAGCUGGGUGGAGCGUCUCAGCUGCCGCCCGCGAGUGUCCCUCCCUCCCGGCUCCGUCUUCACCGUCUACAGGAAGAAGGGCCACGAGCUGCCCUCGUGGGACGGCCAACUGUACCGCCCCACGGGCUUCGGGAACGCGGCGAGCGGCGCGUAUCGGACACUGGCCCUGCCGGCCGGCACCACGACCCUGCCGGACGCGCACCUCUACUGCCGCUCGGCGUGCAGCGCACAGGCGUGCUGCGACGGCUUCCUGCUCAAGGAGCUGCCGCUCGACAACGGUGUGCUCGUGUGCGCAUUGCUCUCGGGCCCCACGGUGCUCACGUGCCGCGCGCCGUGGUGGCCGCGCACGGCGGACGAGUACGGCGACGGGGAGUGCUCCGGGCUGCGCGUGCACAAGCCCAGCCGCACCUUCGGCUUCAGCCUCGGCGGCGUCCACUACAACGCCACGUUCAAAGACCUGGGAGCGUACGAGAAGGACGCCGGACUUCCCCGAGCCUCGGCCCGGCCCUCGAGCGGUCCACUGGAGGCUGGCUUCACGUUGGACCUGCAGCGUGGCGGGGCCCUCUUCAGCCAGAUCUACCUUUGGGCAGGCAGUGAAGCUGGGUCACGUGAUGUCUGCUUACACACCAAGGCCUACACACCUCAGCCCGGGGAGCCGGCCGGAGAGGAGGAGGAGGAUGUGUCUUACCACUCACCACAAGACGAGGCCGAUGUGUCGGGACGCUUCUCGACCCUGCGGCCGGAGGAGGUGACGCUGCAGCCAGAGAUGCGCGUGGCGCAGCAGAACUUCUGGCUCUUCCGGAGGGCCUUCUCACCGCCGCAGCAGGCCACCUCGUGGUGCCUCAGAAGGUGCCGGCGGGACGCGCUGUGCAAGGCCGCCGCGGUGGGAGACGGCCCGGCCGGCUGGCUCGAGUGCCUCCUCUACCCGGACACGCAGAGCUGCGGCACGAGCCAGGAGCUGCUGGAGCGGCCCGCGCGCGCGCCCUCCUGCGCCAGCCUGCUGCCCCGGAUCGACGGGACGCUCUACCGGAAGCGAGACGGUGCCGAGGGGCCUGUGCGACGCCUGUACCGCCGCACGGCUUUCCGCAGCGAGAUCGGCGUUCUGCUCCGUAGCGUUGCCAACCUCACCGGCAUGGCUCUCUCUGACGGGUUCUCGCGGUGCGAGCGAACGUGCGACGAGGACCCGUGCUGCGAGGGCUUCGCCUUCCUCAGGCGCGCGCUCUCGAGUGGGGAGGCGCUGCUACAGUGUGCGACGCACACGGGCCCUGGCGUGCAACUCUGCGGCCGCGAGUCACCGAUGGGCGCCACGUUUGGGUGCCCCCCUCCCGGGGUGGACACCGCGAGCUCCCUGUUCGGGUGGUACAGGGCACAGGCACGUUCCAGCCCCCAGACUGCACAGCUCUGCCCUGCAGUGACUCUUCCUCCAGCUCCGACCAAAGGCGCCGCCGACGGCUUCCAGUCCCUGGACGUCUCCACGGCCGUGGUCGACCCGACCAUCUCGGCCUUUGACGUCGUCGUUCUCUUGGGGCCCGGAGCCGGGGGAUCUCCGCGAGCGGCGCCGCCGUCCGACGAGUGGUGCCUGGCAGCGUGCCAGCGGAGCCCGUGGUGCGCGUCCGUGGGGGUUCGCCACCUCGGGGACAGCACGCGCUGCGUGCUGCACGCCGAGACGCUGGCCUGCGGCUACGGCGCCCGGGGGGGCCGCCACUGCCGGCUCGGCGUUCUCGAGCCGCCCGCCCGUCUCUACCGCAAGAAAGCGAGCCUGGGCACCUCCUGCGCUGCCCGCUGUGGCCUGUACUCCCCCGGGCAGCCCUGCCAGUGCAACCGCGAGUGCCAGCGCUUCGGAGACUGCUGCCCUGACGCUGCCGUCUGCCUCGGGGGCGGCCAGGGCCCCGUGAGGCCGGUGGUGCCGCUGGGCUCGGGACAGCUCCAGGGGGCCUCCCGGACGGUGGAGGUCGACUCCCAGGUGAAGGUGGUCGACGUCUUCCUUGGCGUCCCCUACGCUGCGCCUCCGCUGGACGCCAACCGCUUCAGUGGCCCGCAGCCCCCGCGGCCGCUCGCCGUCAACGAGACAUGGGACGCAGACCGCUACAAGCCGGACUGUCUCCAGCCAGACGGUCAGCGAGGCACCUCCCUGUCUGAAGAUUGUCUCUACCUCAACAUCUUUGUCCCCAAGGUCAAGCCGCACAACGCCUCCGUGCUUGUGUUCUUCCCCGGAGGAGACAACUCCUUCGGGGGCUCGGCUCAGGGCCCCCUGGAUCCCUCCUACCUCGCCGCCCUGGGCGACAUUAUCGUGGUCACGGCCAACUACCGGCUCGGCCUCUUUGGCUUCCUGAGCACCGGGGACGAGGCAGCGGCCGGCAACUGGGGCCUCCUGGACCAGCAAGCCGCCCUGCGCUGGGUUCGGGACCACGCGGCGCUCUUCGGCGGCUCGGCCGGUGCCGUGACGGUCGCUGGCGACCGGAGCAGCGCGGACAACGUGGGGCUGCACCUGGUGGCCCCGGGCAGCCGAGGCCUGUUCCAGCGCGCCAUCCUCAUGGGAGGGUCGGUGCUGUCGCCAUCGGCCGUGCAACUGGACUCUGCCACCGCCCGCUCUCAGGCCGCGUCACUGGCCCAGCUCGUGGGCUGCGGCCACUCCAGCAGCGAGUACCUCGUGCGCUGCCUACGCGACCGCUCGGCGCUCGCUCUCAACGCGGCGCAAGCGCAGCUGCUGAGCGGUGAGUACCUGCAGCGCUGGGCCGCGGUCGUCGAUGGCCACUUCCUGCGUGACAUCCCCGCGGAGGCCGCUGCCCGCGGGGCCCUGGCCGACGUGGACAUCGUCCUCGGCGCCACGGAGGACGACGGUGCCCUCGGGCGCUCACGCCUCCCGCAGGUGUUUCCCAGGUUCACCUCGAUGAGCUACAGCAGCGCCGGCUUCGACGUCGCUUUGCAGAAGGUGCUGCGUGGCGCCGGGGCCAGCUCGUUCGCGCGCGACGCCGUGCGAUGGUUCUACAAGCGGGGAGACGGCGCCAACCCACCUCCCCUCGCCGACGACGAGUCCUGGCUCCUGAGCAACGUCUCGCGGGACUACGACGUGAUCUGCCCUGCUGUGCACAUGGCGGAGAUGUGGGCCGCACGCGGCAAAGCGAACGCCUUCCUCUACUACGUGCCGACGCAGCAGUCGUGGAACACCCUGGAGUGGGAGCCACACAGCGACACGCAGCUGGCAUUUGGGGUGCCGCUGCACCCCGAGAGGAAGGGCCGCUCCUGCGUGGGCGAGCAGCAACUCUCUCGACACUUCAUCGGGUACCUGGCCAACUUUGUGAAGUCCGGAGACCCGAGCUUCCCGAACAGACACGCGCGUGGCGCCGGCAGCCGCCUCCUUCCAGCGUGGCCCAGGUUCUCCCUCAACGAGGCCGGAGGCUUCUACAAGGAGGUGCGGGCGGGCAUGCGCAACCAGAGAGGCCUCAAGAUGCGAGAGUGCUCCUUCUGGAAGGACUACGUCCAGCCUCUGAUGGCCGCCACAGGAGGCAUCGGCGAGGUGGAGCGGCAGUGGAGAGAGGACUACAACGCGUGGCGUCAGGAGGCCCUGCUCGAGUGGCGGGUCCAGAUGAGCAACUUCCGAGCGGCGGUCACGGAGAGCAUGGCGACGGAGCGACCCGCCGCCGCACCAUACGUGUGACCCGCCAUCUAGCGCCGUGCCAUCGUGCGUAGCCACCGCCGCCAUCACCGCCACCACCGCCGUGAUCUAAACUAGGCGCACGAUAAGCUACUUCUAUUUUUGCAGAUCACUUUUACUCUCCGGACUUUUGGAUGUGAUUUGUAAAACAUGUUUUUAAAUGCCGGUUUGAUUGCAUAUAAUCUGCUUUUUGUUUUUCAUGGGGAGCUUCUGUUGGUGCUUACUUUUGGUUAGCGGUAGGUCCUGCGGCUAUAACUUCCCGGGCAUCCGGUGAUCAUCUCACACGUACCGAAAACGUCCCUCGUGAAGUCUCUGGCACCUCAUCUUUAAAUAAAAUAAAGCCUCUGUACUGUCCGUUAUGUUUGAAUAAAAAUGUUUGCAAUUCACCAUG